AUGAACGCCUUAAAGAGCAAACCAAUUAGAACAAGGAAACGGAUAAACACUCGAGCAAAUACAAGUUUAGCAAUUCCAAAAGUUGAAAACUUAAUAUCUGUAAAAGAACCUAAUAGUCCACCGUCAAAGCAUCUGAUUAAUAGAUCAAUGCGCAAAAGAAGCUUGGUUAAUUUUUCGGUCAAAUCUAUUGAUGCAUCAGACUCUCCAACUAAUGUAGAACAUCUUAACCUUCAGAGCAUAUUACCGAAAUAUAAUGAUUACAUAUUCACUUCAGAGCAUAACAAAUUAGGUUUAACAACACACGCUUCUUACAAAAUUAAGCAAGGAGAAUAUACUCUAUUUCGUGCAAAGCAGAAAGAUAGAAGUAUUAAGGUUAAUUCUCCUAUUUUCAUCAGUUCCGGAACAAAAUCGCAACAAAAUACUAGCAAACACGUAGGAAUUUUCAUGGCAUUUAAUAAAACAACAGAGUUCGCACUUUCUGAUAUUCAGGAUAACGUUCAAUACUCUUCAGAACAGAUUAAGGCAAAUAUUCAAGAAGAUCAACUUUCUCUUUCCCUUAGAAUACACACACCAAGAGAUAAGUUGGAAAUCCAAGGUAAUUACUCUCCCAGAGAACCUUCGGAUUCAAACAGAACGGUUUCAUUUGUUGACAAGGCCUCAAAUAUUGAAUACAUUACGUUAACGUACGUUUCGGAUACAACUUGGUCCAUACGCGCCAUCGAUGAUAUAGAUCCCAAGCAGCUCUUAUCGCUGGCAAUUGUAGUUGAUCAUUUUUCUCGCAUUGCGAAGAAGAAAUCUGCUUUUGUAUAG